AUGGGUUUUGAACCUUCCAGCCUUGAAAAUCCCGGUAGAACCCUGUCCGGAUUCAAUGGUUCAUCCACAACCUCACUUGGAGAUGUAAUACUGUCGGUUCACGCCGGACCAGUCAUCCUAAACGUUCUAUUCUCCGUGGUUGAGGAUUUAUCCCCUUUUAAUGCCAUCUUAGGACACACGUGGUUACAUGGAAUGAAGGCAAUUCCAUCCACAUAUCAUCAAAGGGUCAGCUUCAUCACCCAAGAUGGACAAAUUAACCUUUAUGGAAGCCAGCUUGCCGCUCGACAAUGUUAUCAGAUCGCUCGCGAGGCUGGACCCAGUGCCGACCGCGAGCAUCCCUCUAAAGAUGCAAAUACUUCUGACCAAUAA